AUGCCACCCGCCAAACCAGAUCCACCCAAACUCAGUUUGACGGCAGUCCGACAACGGUCGCUCAGCGUUCCCGGAUGUCGGGAACUUCCAAGUACCAAUCCCACCACGAUACUGAGUUUUGUCGUCGGUUUGGACGAACAAGACAGCAAACAAUUGGCUAGAAUCAACGUUUUUUUGCAAUCUGGCACGAUAGGCACAUCACGCGUCCUCAAUGGAACCGUCCGACAAACCUUUCGACGGAAUGUGACUUCUUUGGAUACGGUGGGACGCUUGCUUCGACAUCCCGAAAAGCUAGUGGAAAUUGACAAUGCCUUGGUCAGCUUUGAUGAUAACAAGAAUGCUACUGUACAUCAGCAACAGCAAUCAUUGAAAAAGCAAGCGGAAUUGGCCGAGGUUGGCCAUUGCAUUCUACAAGUGGAAAAGGAGAAAUUGGAAAAACAUUUGAGUGAUUUGAUGGUGGCUGCGCAUGACAAUAACAUCAACACUGACAAGAAGAAUGCGUUUGCGAAACAAAAACCACAACAACCACAACAAAAGAACAAGGAACCACCAGCACCAACAAAACCAGUCAAGCGGAACGCCCACAGCAACAAUGAAACGGAUGAUGACAGUGACGACGGAUCCCACUCUUCCGGCGAGUCGUCCUUGGAUGGACUAGAGUUUCAAUUUAGUCUCCCAGAAGAUGUCAUGACACAAGUAGAUCAAUGUCUGAGGGACAUUCAAAAGUUGGACAAGAUUGUCACGGGAGUUGCCACCAAUGGAGAAGGUACGGUCUUUUUGUAUGGCAAUGGAGGUGUCGCCUAUACUCCCAGUAUUCCAAAAGCCUUAUAUCAAAAGUUACGGAAUUUGCGGAAUACCAACCUAAAGGCACGUCCCAGUUAUAUUGCCGUGGGUACCAAAAACCGAUAUUUUGUGGCAUUUCAUGAUGGCACGGCGGAUUGGAAGGCCCCCAAGGCCUUGGACAGGAUUUUGAAAAAGUGCAUUUCCGACCAAAAAAUGCCACGGUCGGUUUCGUUUGGAAAGACAUUUGAUACCUUUUUUGUAGUAUUUCAUGACGGUUCUUGGCAAUAUCAAGGACGAGGGAUUCCUGAAUCCUUGGAAGAAAAGCUAGAAGAACGGGAUUGUCGUGCCGAUCUAAUGACUGUCAAUCUGGGUCCGGAAGGAGAAUGGUUCCUCAAGGCCAAGAAUGGAAGAAUGUGGUGGAAUGAAAUAUCCGAGGAACUGGAUGGAGAAAUCAAUGAUAUUUUGGAUUCGGGAAAAUAUCUACACAAUAUGGACUUUGGAGACGGCGGAAGCUUCUUUUUGAGCUUUCAUGAAUAG